GCCUCUCUUCUUCUCUUCCAACUUCCCUUUUUUCUACUCCUUACAAAUUUGAAUUCGAACAAUUAUCUCUCACUCUGAGCGAGUAAUGCCUGAGAUUGCUCCUGAAUCAUGGAGGAGUUGAGUGAAGUUCCUCUGCAACUACAAGCCGGCAGCUCUCCUUUCCCUUCUCUUUGGCCGAGCAUCAAUUCAACUUGUUCCUUCUGAAAUUGAUAGUAGAAAAAGGGCAUUUAGAGCUGUUGUCUAGUUUGUAGGAUGUUGAAGACAUCCCUGGGUCCUUACAGAGGAAGUGCUCUUGCUGUGCCUUCAGAGUUCUCUGUCAAGUUGUCAUCUGCACUUGUGAGAGCUAGAAGACCAAUCCAUCUAAAAACAUUUGGGAUAAAAAUGGAGCUUUCGAUCACACGACCUGAUGACUGGCAUCUCCAUCUUCGUGAUGGGGAGCUUCUUGAAGCAGUUGCCCCCCACAGUUCACAACACUUUGGAAGAGCCAUAGUCAUGCCGAAUCUGAGACCUCCAAUCACCACCACUGCUGCAGCUAUAGCCUACCGACAAUCAAUUUUGAAUGCUCUGCCGAAAGACAGUGACUUCACUCCUUUGAUGACACUUUAUUUGACAGACACUACGAGCCCUAAUGAGAUUAAGUUAGCAAGAGAGAGUGGAGUUGUAUAUGCCGUGAAAUUAUAUCCUGCUGGUGCUACCACAAAUUCUCAAGAUGGUGUAACCGAUCUAUUCGGGAAGUGUUUACCUGUACUCGAGGAAAUGGUUCAGCAGAAUAUGCCUUUGUUGGUCCAUGGGGAGGUAACAAGUCCAGAUGUUGAUGUGUUUGACCGUGAAAAGCUGUUCAUUGAUGCAGUUCUCAGCCCCUUAAUUCAGAAGCUCCCCGGAUUGAAGGUUGUCAUGGAACACAUUACCACUAAGGAUGCCGUAGAUUUUGUUUUGUCUAGUGAUGAAAGAUUUGUUGCAGCAACAGUCACUCCGCAGCAUAUUGUUCUUAACAGGAAUUCCCUUUUUCAAGGAGGCCUGCAGCCUCAUAACUAUUGUCUUCCAGUACUGAAGAGAGAGAUACAUAGGCAGGCAAUAGCAUCAGCUGUUACAAGUGGAAGCAAAAGGUUUUUUCUUGGAACUGAUAGUGCUCCUCAUGAUAGAAGGAACAAGGAGUGUCCUUGUGGGUGUGCUGGAAUCUACAAUUCUCCUGUGGCCUUGUCAGUGUAUGCAAAGGUUUUUGAAGAGGCUGGUGCGCUGGACAAGCUGGAAGCCUUUACGAGCUUCAACGGACCAGACUUCUACGGUCUACCCAGAAACAGCUCGAAGAUAAGAUUGAGCAAGACCCCGUGGACAGUACCGCCAUCCUUUUCUUUCGGGUGGGGUGAGAUUGUUCCCAUGUUUGCCGGUCAAGUACUCGACUGGCUACCUUCUCCUCUCUAGGAUAACAAAUCUUUGAAUGAUCUAGAUGAUGUUUGUAGAGUCAUUACAUUAAACGAAGCUCAUUAUUUUGUUGGAAUUGCUGUUGAGUUGUUUCUUGAUUUGCAGAAUUAGAGUGUGUGAUUUCAAUUGAUAUGUGCACCUCAAAUCUGAGGUGUUGGCGUUGUAUUGAUUAAUUUUUGAGAAGUUAAAGCACGAAAUAUUCUGUAGUGAUCA